AUGCCAAAAUUCUUCAUUCUUGGGUGCCUUCUGAUUCAUUUCUCUCCCGGAACCACUUCGAUUCUAAAACAUUCAAUCCGUGACUCGAAUGGAGUGAUUGUGGAGAAUGACAAUGAUGUUUGUGAUGCAAUGUGCUAUUCCAAUUAUUCGGAUAUUGUCGUGAGUUUCGGAUUGAGAAUAGAAAAAAGGGGUAUAUGGGGACUUGGAAACGGAACAGAUUAUGGACUCAUACCGUAUCAGAAAACGUGUUUCAAGGAAGAAUGCAAAUACGGUUGUCACCAUCGUACCGGAAUCCGUGAACGUCUCAACCCAUUUCAAUCGUGUCUCGGUGCCUGUGAAGCUCGUUUCCGUGUGAAUUUCGCAGAGAACGAAAACAAUACAGACUUCAUAAAUCGAGCCUGGGAAGCGUGUCUUCAUGCAUGUCGACUUCCGUAUAAGACCAAGAUUAGAUGGAAUGUGUACAUUGAUCUACGUUCUGGAGAACCCAUCUGGAAUUUCGAAAGAAUAAUUUCAGAUGGUCAUCGUAUUUCGAGUGAGGCAUUGGAAUACGAUGAUCUUAUAAGUACGGUGGUUUUGCGGAAGAAUCAUUUCUUCAUGGAUCCAAGCAGCAAAUUGAGAUUUCCAAAUCUGAAUGUUUACGAUGCUGACAGUCGUGCAAUGCAGACUAUCAUGAUGGAAAUGUUGGAAAAAGUACGUCAAGAGAUCUCAAGUAUGUCUCCACGUCGUUUUGAUGGAAUUUCGAGUAUCGAUUAUGUGGGUCCACGUCUUGUGGAACACGGACCGAAUGGGCCGAUUGUGAAAGACAUCACUGAACUACAGUACCGUCCGAAGGAAGUGAUUAUCUACCAGUCUGGCGAGUUUCGAGAGCAACAUUUCACUUUGAUGUCAUUUAUGUUCGUGAUGAUGUCAAGUGUCAUGCUGUGUGCUUGUAUGAAGUUGAGGAGUCAGUACUUGGCAUUCAAGACGACCCGUCUCCGCCGUUCCUCUUCCACCACUCAAAGUGAUGAUUGGACGAAACAAAUCCCGACUACUGGAGAAGCACCGCCAUGCUAUUCCCCACCAGAUCGCAACAGUUCCAUUCAAUUGAUGAAGAAUAAUUCUAGAUGA